GACCUGGAGAAGAGGGGAGCAUGAGGCGGCUGAAGAGAGCAAGUGAGUGAGAAGCGUGUGGAAAACAACGAAUUAUUCUCCUUUUAGUUUAGGAUCAAGUACUUGACAGAUUCAUUGUUUGGAGACUUUCAGCACCUUAAAAAGAUGGACAGACGACAACCGUUUGGCAAUCAACUGACUGGUUUGAACCUUUUGCAAUUGCCUGUGGCUGGAAAUGACUUGGGGAAUCCCCGACAGUUCCUGGAGAAUCUGGGGCGAUUACGAAUGCCACAAGUGCAAGGAACACAAAACAUGAAUCGGGAGCUGUAUCGCCAAGACAGCCGAGGAGAGAGAAAUAGGCAAUUCCCUGAUAACUAUUAUGAUAGAGAGCAAAAGUUAAUGUUAUCUAGUGAUUGUGGACAGAGGUCAUUGAGGGAAGCUGCUGAAAGUCGUAACUUCGAUAGGGGAGAUUAUCAUCAUGAGGAUCGAGGCAGCAUUCAUGGACUUAUGGAUAAAGAAAUUUCUCUACGCUCUUUAUUUCCUGAGAUGGAGUCUUCAAGGCACAGUGAAAGGCGUGGAAGAGAGGAGUUUGACAGAGGAAAUUAUCUUGCUUCAAAAAAUAUCUCACAAUCAUUUGAAAAAAACAAAGGUCUGAAACUUAGUGUAAUUGAGAGCAAGUAUGGCAGGAGAGACAACACAGCUAUACCUUGGUAUGCACAGCUACGUCCAAACUGCUACCUGUUGCCUCCAUCAGAUGAUACAGAUGUACUGCCAUUGGGCGUCAGGCAACCUGGAUGCCGCUCAAUUUCCAUAGGUGGCCUACCCAUGCUGGCUGAUGAAUUCAUUGUUAGGGAGGUAUUCAAUGUUUGUGGACCCAUAGAGAAAAUCACGUUCAAAAGUGCUCGAAACAAUAUCAAAGCUAGGACUUGGCAAGUAAGAUUUUCCAAACACGAUUCUGUCGAGAAAGCAGUUAAAUUUAAUGGGCACAUCUUGGUCAUUGGGGAUGGAAGCGACAGAAAAAACAAAAUCAGUCGCUUCUAUGUUAAUUAUGACCAAGAAACAAAUGAUGACAACAAUUUGAAAAAUAACACAACAAUGAACACACAAAAGCCAGGCCAGAAGGAGGAAGACAGGAAUUUGAAUUUGAUGUAUUAUAAUCGUCAGAAUGCAUUCCAAAUUCUGGAUCUCCUUCGUCAUGACACCUCUAUAGUUCAGUCAUUGGAGACGAUGGCUCAUUGGUUUGAAAGGGGUGAAUGUAAUCGUUCUACAGUGAAUGUUUUCCACUCAAUGCUCAACACCACCCACAGUUUUGUCAAGCGGUUGAUCAUCAAACGGAAGGAACACGAGGAACAAGUAGAGAAACAAAAGAAACAGGCCAUGGAACAAGCAAAUGAAAUCAAACAGCAAUGUAAGUUACCUCUUAAUUUAACCUGACCUAGUUUUCCAUUAUUUCUAAGUAACUCACCAAGUUAUAUCACAUAAUAUUUUCUUAUGAAAUUAUAAUCAUAGACAUGUCAUUAGUUGUGAGGUCAUUUUGUGUGAAAUUAUGUAACAAGAUUGUUGUAUAUGGUCUUGAAAGUAUUUCAGAGCAGUACGUCAGAGCACUGCUCUAGAAAAGGGAAACAAAGUUGAAGAAGAAAAUUUUCAGCCCACGUUUACUUUUUUGUGUGGAAGUAGAUUGCAUGUUGGCAUAAGCAAUAACAUCCACAUUUGGAUUGGCAGAUGUAUCAUUGCCAUGGAAAUUGCAGU